GCGCUCCUUCUCUUUCGCCCUGGGCAUUGUUUCUGCCAACCAAACCAUCGCAUUUUCGAAUUUGCACUGGUGGGAACAUAAAACAAACUUCCAACCAACCUCAAAGAACCAAGGACGACACAAUCACCAAACCUAAACACAGCAAGCCACACAGACUUGACUAUUUACAAUGAUGCCAACUAUUAUUAACUCACCAGUAGAGACAAUCGUUACGAACGAUGCGCCUCAAAUCAAGGUACGUUACCAACAUCAUCGACAUCGGAAUAUCGGUUUUCACCGUGAUUGGACGGUUCUGAUUGCCUGUUCGCAUUUUUGGGAUGUCAUUUUUUUCUCACAUCAUCUAAUUUCUUUCAUAUUUUUUUUGAUUCGAAUCUUAAAGAUGAUUGAAAUCGGAGGACCCGAGACCGAAACGGAGCAAAAGAGACGACGACGACGCAGACGUCGACGACCCCGAAGCAAGAUGUCUUCGGCGACUCCGGUAGAGGGCUGUGAGAAGUCAUUGUCGUGCGACGACUCGACCUGCGCCACAGCGUCACUCUCCAGCGAUGACAUGUCUACAGCCACUCCACAAAGCCCCCAACAGCAAACACAAAAGCAACGAAGAAGGAACAACCAGAAAAACAAAUCAAAGAAACAACAAAAGCAAAACAAGAACAACAAUGCCGACCACGAGGUGUCCCCAGAAGAGCAAUCGAGGUACCUGGCAAUGGACUGCGAAAUGGUCGGUGUCGGUUUCGGGGGCAAGCGAUCGUCUGUGGCCCGAGUGACACUCGUUGACUGGGACGGUCGCAUCGUAUACGACGAGUUCGUUCGCCAGGAGGAAGAAGUCACGGACUACCGAACCUUUGUCAGCGGAAUUACACCCCUUGACGUAGAGGACGCGACCCUCACGCUCGAGGAAUGCCGCCUGGAAGUCCAAAGCAUGAUUGCCGACAAAAUUCUAGUGGGACACGCCCUCAAGAACGACAUGAGGGCGCUCGGGCUCACACACCACUGGAUGGCAACCCGUGAUACGGCCAAGUAUGAGCCUUUUAUGCAGACGAGGUUCGAGGACAACAUAUUGUGGCCCCGCAAGCUCAAGGAACUCGCGCUUGAGAAACUUGAGCGAAAAAUCCAGAGAGAUGGGGAACCCCACAGCGCGUAUGAAGACGCUGCGGCGGCCAUGGACCUCUACCGGCUGGUCCGAAGGAAAUGGGAGAAAGUCAUGGACUACAAAAUCAAGAAAACAAGGGAGAUCGAAAACACACGAAACUAAAUAUAACUAUCAUCAGGAAAACGAUCGAACGAGCAGACAAAUAUAUACCCCGACACGAGAGGUUGACACCAAACAUUCACACAAUCAACAACCAGUGUCACAUGCACAUAAUAUACUAUUAAUCAAAUGACGUACACUUG